GGAUUUGGAGACUCCGAAAAAGGUGGACUUCUGCGCGAUGCAGCACGAACUGUGGCAUCAGGUAGAAACAUGACGGCGCCUAUUGGCCCUCCCGGCAGCGGAUGAAGAGCCGAUUUGUAGUAGCUUCUCCUUGUGUGUAUCGAAAAUAUGGAGAAUGAUAUAUUGGAUUCCCUCGACGACCUCGGCUGUGAGCUGAUCCAAGGUGGAGAUGGGAUAGAGAAGGCUCUUGAGAGCGGUCCAAAAGAUCCUCUUUAUACAAAACUCGUGGAAUGGCUGAGUCUGGAGCUGAAGGCACUGUGUGACCUUGAGGAUCAUGUAAAUGCCAUAACUGAAGCAGAAGACUCUUCUUCCUUUCUUCUUGAGCUGAGUUCCUUCUUGAAGGAACUUGGUUGUCCUCACAAGACUUUGAUGGAGGGUCCUGUGAAUAAACGCUUGGCAUCACGUGAAGAUAGACUAAUACUACUUGAUUUCCUGACAACGGAGCUGCAAGCUGCUCGCAUGAUUCAUGUGAAUAAAGGUACUGAAGACAGGAGUAUGCAUGUGGCUGUGGAGGAGAGUCCCACUGCAGCUGAUUUAAAAAAAAUUCUGGUAUCCUUGGGUUUUUCAAAGCCUCCCCCAAAUGUUACACCUCAACAGCUAUUUGGGAAAGUGGAAACAAAGGUGAAAGAGGUAGCAAGCAAGGCCAAAGUAGGAAAUCCAUUAUUUUCUGGGGUUCUGAGUGACAAGCAAUGGCAUAUGCUGGAAGAAUUGCAAAAGCAAAUGGAUAAGGAAUACCGAAUUCGACGGGAGAUGCUGCUGAAACGGCUUGAUGUCACUAUCCUGUCUUUCAAGUGGGCAGAGAACGCAAAAGCACGUGAAGAUGAAAUUCAAAAUAUAUAUGCCCCAAGAAGAGGAAAGCUCACUACUAUACCAGAUGUAACCCUUGGAGACCUUCUUGCUGCUCGAGAGGAUCUGGCUUACAUUGAAAAGACAUCAUCAGCAUCUGUUCGCAAGAAUACCUCAACCCCCCUUAAUAAAGUUGUCAUUGGGCGAACAGAGGAGGAAGACCAAGUGAACAGGAACCACCACCUCCUGAGAUGCCAAGCUGGCAACAGAGAUCGUCUGGACCUGGACCACAAAGAGGUGGUGGAGGUUUCAGUCGCGGACGCGGAGGAGGAGGAGGAUUCCAUGGGGGUGAACGUGGAGAAUAUCACAGGGGAGGAGGAAGAAUUCAGGGGAAUUGGAGCCAGGGACAAAGCCAGGCCUUCUCUGGUGGAUGGUCUGGAGGAGACAACAGUGGUGGUUAUCAACAUCAAGGAAAAAAUGGAGGGAGGGGCGUUGCUCAACGGGAUCUAUGGAGGCAGUCCACCAAAUUCCGGAAAUUUCAGGGCUAGAACCCUAGAGCAGCCCUGGUCAUAG